AUGGGUUCCAUGCUCGAGGAAGGAUCCCGUCCUGCUGCGGACGCUGAGAUGGACACGGAUCGUGUACAUCCCGACGCUGUUUCCGAUGGUGAGCGUGACUUUGAGAAGCAGAACUCGAAACCAGAGUAUCAGGAUGCAUUCGGGGACGAGGAGUAUGCCGAGGUGAAGUACAAGACCUUGAGUUGGUGGCAAUGUGGUUUCCUCAUGGUUGCCGAGACGGUGUCGCUGGGUAUUCUCUCCCUGCCGGCGGUAGUGGCUGCCUUAGGUCUUGUUCCAGCCGUCAUUCUCCUUGUAGCGCUGGGUCUGAUGUCCACCUACACUGGAUACACGAUUGGGCAGUUUAAAUGGAGACACCCGUUCAUCCAUUCCAUGGGUGAUGCCGGCGAGAUCAUCAUGGGCAGAUUUGGCCGGGAGCUCUUCGGAACAGGCCAAUUGCUCCUGGUGGUCUUCAUCAUGGCUAGCCAUAUCCUGACUUUUACCGUCGCCAUGAACUCGAUUACAGAUCAUGGGACGUGCUCGAUCGUCUUUGGAGUGGUUGGCUUGGUCAUUUCGUUCGUGCUGUGUUUGCCGCGGACGCUGGCCAAGGUCUCGUUUCUAUCAGUUGCUUCCUUCAUCAGCGUCUUUUCAGCGGUCCUGGUCGUCAUGAUUGCCGUUGGCGUGCAACGGCCAUGGCACGGCAGUGUCAAUGCUACGGUUGAUACCAGUUUAUACAAGGCUUUUCUUGCAGUCUGCAACAUUGUCUUCUCAUUCUCUGGACACGUCGCCUUCUUCGGCUUCAUGGCCGAACUGAAAGACCCCCAUGACUACCCCAAGUCGCUGUUCCUACUACAAGGCAUCGACACAUGCUUGUAUAUCGUCGCCGCGGUGGUGAUCUACUGCUAUGCCGGCGACGACGUUACAUCGCCCGCGCUAGGCUCAGCCUCGACUAUCGUGAAGAAGGUGGCGUACGGAAUCGCCUUGCCGACUAUCAUCAUCGGAGGCGUGGUGAACGGCCACGUCGCAUGCAAGUACAUCUACGUGCGGAUGUGGCGCCACAGCGACCGCAUGCAUAAGCGUGAUCUUGUUGCGACCGGCUCAUGGGUGUUGAUUGGGCUGGCGACUUGGAUCGUGGCUUGGAUUAUUGCCGAGGCUAUCCCGGUGUUCAACAAUCUGUUGAGUCUGGUGGCGUCGCUUUUUGCAAGCUGGUUUACCUACGGCUUCAGCGCUCUUUUCUGGCUGCAUCUCAAUAAGGGCCGGUUCUUUUCGACUCCGAUGAAGACUGCGCUUACUAUUCUGAACAUCUUCAUCAUGGGAAUCGCAUGCUGCAUUUGUGGUCUCGGGCUUUAUGUGUCAGGCAAGGCCCUGCACGACGACCCCGGCAGUGCCAGUUUCUCAUGUGCAAAUAAUGCCUAA